UGAAAGGAAGUGAUGUACGUCACGCAGGCUCACUGCUGCUGGUAAAAGAGAUCCAGUUUCUCUGUGCAAAUGGAGUUCUUCCUCAAUUCACCGAUGAAACUCAUACUUUUGGCAGUAUGGCUCUCGAUUGUGCUGGAUCCGUGCAAAUUUUCUGACAUUUGCAAGUCCUGCCACCAGCAUGCAAGAUGUCGGUCAAUAAAUGAAUCCAAAAAUGUUGGCUGUUUCUGCAAUCAAGGAUAUUCUGGAGAUGGAAUCAAGGACUGCAGAGACGACAAUGAGUGUGCAAAGGUCACCAACAUCUGCGGAGAGAAUGCCAACUGCAGCAACACAGAUGGAGCCUAUUACUGCACCUGCAAUGCUGGAUACAACUCAACGAAAAGCCAGCAGUUUCAAACUAAUGAUGGAACCUCCUGCACUGACAUUGAUGAGUGUGAGGAUGAUGGGAUAUGCGGGCACCACUCCAAAUGUCACAAUACCAUUGGCUCUUUCUACUGCUCAUGCCAAAGAGACUACACAGCAUCUUCAGGAACAAUCAGGUUUCAGGCUCAGAGUGAAGUAGAAUGCAAAGAGGACCCCAAAAAGGACUGUCAUCAGGACAGUAAAUGUAUUUCGAAAACUGUUAACAUCACGGUGAAAAACAUCAUUAACCUGUCAGACCCACAGCAGCAAAUGGAGGAGAUAAGAAAUCAAACAUCAGGUGACCUCGCCCCAGUCGCCGUCAUCUCUUACAUCGAAGCCAUGGCCAUCUCCGCCUUACAGUUUGUCAAUAAGUCUCAGAAAGAGAGUUCCAUCAACAAAACUAUCAGGAAUUUGGUGGAAAGUGUGAAUAAUCUGGUUGAGAAGGAGGAGAAGGUGGCCUGGGACAGAAUGAGUGAGGAUGUGAAGGACUACUGCAUCACUAAGCUACUGCACACAGCAGAGCAGGGCUCACUGGCUCUGUCUAAGGCCUACAGAAAGGCAGCCAAGAUAGAGGUCAACACAAGGGACGUAGAACUGAAAAUCUACAAAUUUGAGCCCCAACAACAACAGAAGCGGAGCAUCUCAGCCUUAAUUGGUGGAGAUUCCAUUUCACUGAGGCUCAAACACAGCAAGGAGGAAAGCCAAAAUGGGAGCGUCUCUGUGAUAUUCCUCCGCUACGACAGCAUUGGGCCUCUGUUGAAGCCCACAUCUGACCCUGGCGUGGCAGACUACAGUCGCUAUGCAGACGCUGGGGAGAUCACAGUAAAUUCUCCUGUAAUAGCUGCUGCUAUAUCUCCUCCUAGUGUUUUCCCCCUGGACCAUGUGAAUUUUACUCUAACACACAUUGAGCCCAUAGAUCUGGAAAAAGAUGAAACCAAAUGUGCAUUCUGGGACUAUUCACCUGCCAACAUGAAGGGUCACUGGUCCCUAGAGGGAUGUGAGCGUGCUUUCGUCAACAAGACCCACACCACCUGCUCCUGCAAUCAUCUGACACACUUCGCCAUACUCAUGUCCUCUGGCAGGGCCAAUCUUGCUGCUCACUAUAACGUACUGACCCGCAUCACCCAGCUGGGCAUGGUGAUCUCCAUCAUCUGCCUCUUCAUGUGCAUCUUCACCUUCUGGUUCUUUAGUGAGAUCCAGAGCACUAGGACCACCAUCCACAAGAACCUGUGCUGUAGCCUGUUCAUGGCCGAGUUCAUCUUUCUGGUCGGAAUAAAUAUGUACACGCAUAAGUUGUUUUGCUCAGUUGUUGCUGGGUUACUGCACUAUUUCUUCCUGGCUGCAUUUGCAUGGAUGUGCAUUGAGGGCAUACACCUGUACCUGAUUGUUGUUGGAGUCAUUUACAACAAAGGCUUCCUUCAUCGCAACUUUUAUAUAUUCGGCUAUGGAAGUCCAGCAGUGGUCGUUGUAAUCUCUGCGACUCUUGGCUACAAAUAUUAUGGUACAAGCACCGCGUGUUGGCUAAGCACAGAAAAAAAUUUCAUCUGGAGUUUUAUCGGGCCUGCAUGUUUGAUCAUUCUGGUUAAUCUGUUAGCGUUUGUGGUUAUCAUCUACAAAGUGUAUCGUCACACGGCGGUAAAGAAGCCAGAGAUCAGUCACUAUGAAAACAUCAGGUCUUGUGCUCGGGGAGCUCUAGCCCUCUUGUUUAUUCUUGGAGCCACGUGGACUUUAGGUGUGGUGCACAUCCUCAAUGAGACGACCCUCACGGCUUAUCUCUUCACUUUUGCGAAUGCCUUCCAGGGCAUGUUUAUCUUCAUUUUCCUCUGUGUUUUGUCCAGAAAGGUUCAAGAAGAGUAUUACAGAUUGUUCAAGAACGUUCCGUGCUGUUUUGAAUGCCUGAGAUGAAGAAGGCACGCCUGGAUAGUCGCCACCACAGCAGUAUACUGGAAAUGUUUAUGCAGAUCUGAUUGCUACCCACUGUAAAUAGAGCAUGUAUUUGAAGUUGUCACCAAAAAUGUCUUUUGGGGAAGAAAUGUGUUACUGAAAAAAUGAUUUAUGUAGCAAACGGUAGCUCCAAAAUAUUUAUUACACAUGGCAAAGUAAUCCAUCUACUUGUACUGAAUUACAAUGACCUUUUCUGGAACAUGCUCAUGUACGAGUGAGAUGUUUUCUCUUUUAUUGAUAGAUCUGGGUUCAACACAUUAUAACCUAAAUUAUGGGUAAAAUAUCAGUUCCAAGGUCAAAACAGCAUUAGGCCCAGGAUGGAAAAACUACAACAUUGAUUCUGAGCCUACCUACAUCAUAUUUCACAAUUACAUCAUGGUGCAUGUUCCAACCUAUGUACAAAGUUACUUCACUUGCCUGAAUAUAAUUUCUAUGAAUCUUUUGAUAUCAGUUAGAUGAACCAAAUGAUCAGUGUUUAUAACUGUUGUUAUUCAUUCUGAAUGUAGCACAUUAUGAUGAAACAUCUUUGAGUAAAAUGUACAUUGUGUAUUUGUACUCAAGCAAUAGCAACAGUACUGUAUUUAAGCCAUACAAAGCAUAUCUGCAGUAACCAAAGUUGCAUGUACUCACUUGUCUUCUGUAUGUGUUGUAUAACUGACUGUCAAUAAUGUUUGAAUAUUCUUCGUACUGCAGAAAGCUUCCAGAACUUAACAAAAUAAUUUCAUUUGGUGUCAACAACGUCUGAUGGCUUUAUGCUGGCUUAUGAAGCAUUAAAACUUUUUUUUUUUUGUCAAA